GACACCCAUGUUUAUCUACGACCUGAAUUCUGCAGUUGGCGACGUGGCUUGGGCGCCUUAUUCCUCCACCGUCUUUGCGGCUGUAACCACCGACGGGAAGACCUACAUCUUUGACUUAAGUGUCAACAAAUACGAACCCAUUUGCCACCAGCCGGUGGUAGCCAAGAAGCGGAACAAAAUCACUCACGUCCAGUUCAACGCCAUCUACCCCAUCAUCAUCGUCGGGGAUGACCGUGGCCACGUCACCUGCCUGAAGCUCUCUCCCAACCUCCGCAAGAUGCCCAAGGAGAAAAAGGGACAAGAGGUCCAGAAAGGGCCCGAAGUGGAGAUCGCAAAACUGGACAAACUCCUGAAUUUGGUGAGAGAACCGGCACCCAAAACCAGCAAGUGAGCCGCAUCCAACCUGCCCCUUUCCCUUUCCCUUCCCCCGGCAGGGAAGCACCGGAGUCCAGGCGCGAGAAUGCUUUGUCCGGGACAGCAGCCGUGGGUGGCCGGCUGUGCCAAAGCGGCCUCGGGAAACACAUUUCCAACACAAAGAGGCUUUUUUUGUUGUUGUUGUUCAAGGGUUUUGUUUGCAUGCAGAAAAAAUAAAAGUGGAGAUUUG